AUGGACCGCAAGACGGAAGCAGCAACAUACACGCACGGCCACCACGCGUCGGUGCUCCGCUCGCACCGGUGGCGCACGGCGCUCAACUCGGCGGCCUACCUGCUGCCGCAUCUCGGGCCGGGCAUGCGCGUGCUCGACGUCGGCUGCGGGCCGGGCACCAUCACCGUCGACCUGGCGGCGCACGUGAGCCCCGGCGGCAGCGUGACGGGCGUGGAGCGCGCGGGCGACGCGGUGCUGGCGCAGGCGCGCGCGCUGGCCGCCGAACGGGGCGUGGCCGACGUCGUGGCCUUUGUCGCCGGCGACGCCAACGCCCUCGCCUUUGCCGACGGCAGCUUCGACGUCGUCGUCUGCCACCAGCUGCUGCAGCACGUGCGCGACCCCGUCGCCGUCCUGGCCGAGAUGCGCCGCGUCGCCCGCCCGGACGGCGGCAUCGUCGCCGCCCGCGAGUCCGACUACGCCUCCUUUGCGUGGUACCCCGUCGACGGCCAUGACGGCGGCCUCGACGCCUGGCGACGCCUGUACCGGGCCGUGGCGCGGGCCAACGGCGGCGAGCCCGACGCCGGCCGCAUGGUGCACGCGUGGGCGCGGCGCGCGGGCUUUGCGCGCCACGCCGUCGCCAGCAGCGCCAGCACCUGGUGCUUCCGCUCGCCCGACGAGAUUGCCUGGUGGAGCGGCCUGUGGGCGGAGCGGACCGUGGCCUCGGCCUUUGCGCAGACGGCCGUCGACGCCGGGCUGGCGACCGAGGCCGACCUCGAGCGGGUGGCGGCGGCGUGGAGGCGCUGGGGCGACGACGAGGAUGCCUGGUUCACCGUGGUCCACGGCGAGGUCAUUUGUCGGAGGGAGGCGUAG